AUGACUGGCUAUAGAUUGGGUGUUGACGUCGGCGGCACUUUCACCGACGUUUGUGUCUUCACUCCCAACGGGGAGACCGUCCGAGCAAAAGUUCCGUCCACGGUUCAUGACCAAAGCAUUGGAGUCAAAGAUGGUAUCGCCAAGGUUCGGGAGAUACUGCAAAGUAGAUCUGGCUGGGACGGGAAAUUUGACUUUAUCCAUCACGGAACCACAACUGCGACAAAUGCGGUUCUCGAGGGGAAAGGCGCCAAACACUCGGCUCUGAUUGUCACUGCAGGCCAUAAGGAUAUUCUUGCCCUCAGACGAUCUCAUAUUCCCGGUGCCUUGGGUGCUUGGAUCAAUUUCGUGCCCCCUGAACCAGUGGUGCCGCUGGAAAGAACUGUGCAAUGUUCCGAACGUGUGUCUGCAACGGGCGAAUUAAUCCAGGAAGUCGACGCACGCAAGUUGCGACUAGAUUUGGCAGAGCUGAAGCACCAGGUCCCGGAAUCAGUUACCAUCAGCUUGAUAAAUUCUUAUGCGAACAGGAUUAAUGAAGACGCUGUACGUGGCAUCGUCAGGGAGGAGCUCGGCCCUGAAGUCGAAAUCGUUUGCUCUACUGAUGUCCUUCCAGAGACCGGAGAGUACGAAAGGACGGUCACAGCAGCCGCAAAUGCGAUGGUGAAACCCAUCGUCAAGAGAUACCUUUCGGGCCUCCAAAACCUUUUGAAGGACGACAGCUCCAUAAUCCGUGUGUUGAAGAGCGAUGGUGCGAUGACGUCACUGGAAUUAGCAGGGGACGUUCCAGUUAACUGCCUUAUGUCUGGACCGGCUGGUGGCGUUCGUGGAAUCGCCGACGUUGUAGCCAAAAACACACCUUACAAAAACUUAAUCACUCUCGAUAUUGGCGGCACCUCCACGGAUGUUGCCAUUAUCGUAGAUGGAUCCCCCUCAGUCCGUCGUGAGACCGUUAUUGAUAAUCUCACUGUUCGGGCCCCUUCUGUUGACGUUCGAUCAGUUGGAGCCGGAGGUGGGUCAAUUGCUCGAUAUGUUGAUAUUACAUCGACGUUGAGAGUGGGCCCUGAAAGUGCUGGAGCGACUCCCGGACCGGCUUGCUAUGGUGCAGGAGGGAAAGACCCAACCGUCUCAGAUGCAAACCUAAUUCUAGGAUAUUUGCCGUCCAAAUUACUUGGAGGAAGCUUCGAGUUGGAUGUUGCUGCAGCCGAGGCCGCGAUAGACGGUCUAGCAGCACAGAUGAAUCUGCCGCGCGAAAAAACCGCUGAAGGCAUCAUCAGUAUGAUCAAUGAGACAAUCUACGGAGCUGUGAGACUGGUAUCCGUAGAACGAGGCCAUGACCCUCGAGGCUUUGCUCUAGUUGCCUAUGGAGGAGCAGGACCCAUGCAUGCGAAUGCCGUGGGAAAGCUGCUGGGGGCCUGGCCAGUUAUCGUUCCUCCUGCUCCAGGCGUUCUUUGUGCCCAGGGAGAUGCCACGACAAAGAUGAGCCACGCUCUAUCGAGAUCGUAUAUUAAAUCACUUUCUGACAUCGACGCAGACGAGUUACAAAAGGUAUAUAGUGACCUGGAGCAGUCCUGUGUCCAGGUGAUGAUCAGUCAAAUCCAUGAUCUUUCUGAAGACCGACUCAUCAAGAAUUAUGAGAUUGAUGUGCGAUACAAAGGCCAAUCACUAACGCUCACCAUUCCGCUCUCCUAUGACGACACCAGAGCUUCUUCCAAAUCAUUUUCUGAGAUACUGCACUCCAAAUUCGAUGCACUCCAUGAUCAGCAAUUUAAAUAUUCCCUUCCAUCAUUCGAGCUCGAAGUCAUGCGCCUCGGUGUUAUAGUUAUUGAUGGCGCCGCCGAUAUUGAAAUAGCUCUAGCUGAAGCCAAUGAGGUGUCAGGGGGUAAUACCCCUCCUCAAUCGGCGCUCAGGGAGAAAUCAAUGAUCAUAUUUGAGGGGAAACAGUACGAAGCUCAUAUCUGGGAUCGGAGUAAGAUUACAAAAAAAGGAUACGUGGUUGAAGGACCCUGCGUGGUAACCGAGAUGGAUUCUAAUACCCUCAUUCUCCCCGGAUAUUAUGGCGAGAUUGACUCCAUGGGAAACAUCCUGAUUAGACCGUUGGAGACUAAAAAAGAGGAAGAUAGGAAUCCAACUUCACAUACUCCACAAUCUGCGACAGAACUAGUCGCGAAGGAACCUUUGAUAUCAACAUUGAUAUCGGCCUCGUUGCAAUCAAUUAGAGAGGAGAUGGAUCGCCUUAUGCUUCGAUGUGCUAUGUCACCUGCGAUUAGAGAUCAGCAAGAUGAAUUCAACGUCGUAACUAACCCGAAAGGGGAGAUGCUUGUUGGACAAUUUGGAAGCUUUGUGCCUUCUUUCUUGCGCAGAUGGACAGGUACCAUUGAGGAAGGUGACGUAUUCAUGACCAACGACGUUUACGAGGUUGACGGCGCCAUCAGCCAUUUGAACGACGUCAUUGUUCUUUUGCCAAUAUUCUACGCCGGCAAGCUGGUGGGUUGGGCAGCUAACUUUGGUCAUUUGACUGAUGUUCAGGGGAAGGUCCCGGGUAGCAUGUCUGUUAAUGCAACCACUGUUUUCGAGGAUGGUAUCCAGAUCCCUCUAUUAAAACUUUAUCGCAAGGGUCAAUAUAACGAGGAUAUUAUGACACUGCUCUGCCGUAACUCUCGGCAGCCCGACUGGAUGCGAAGCGAUAUCACUGCACUUGUUACUGCAGUACGUACAGCGGCAGAGCGUGUCUGCGAGCUCCAUGACAGGUACGGAGCGGAGGUCUACAAGGCCGCAUGCGACAGCCUUCUCGAGCAGAACCGAUCAGCUAUCUCCAAGAUUAUCGACACAAAACUUGGCAGUGACCCAACUGAGUUCACCGACUUUGUGGAUGAUGAUGGACAUGGAUAUGGGCCAUACGCUGUGAAAUGCACAAUGCAGAAAAAGGAAGACGGAAAGCUUCAUUUUGACUGGCAUGGCACAAGCCCUCAAAGUGAAACGGGAAUUAACUUCUACCUUUCUGAAACCAUGUUUAAAAUGUUUAUCGGUUACUACCUCUUGGCAGCUUAUGAUCCUUAUUGUGUUGUGAAUGAUGGCUUCCAUGACUUACUCGAAAUUCACCUCCACGAAGGUUCGGUGCUUAAACCUGUUCGGCCUGCACCCCUGAGCUGCCGGACCCAUUUCCUUGGGAGAAUCCUGGAUGUUCUUCAAGCAUUGUUUGGCCAGAGGAAUCCCACAUUUAUGGCUGCUGCAGGUUUUUCCGACAGUCCUCACUUUUUUUACUCUGGCUUCAAGCCAUCCGGCGAAUGGUUCCAGCUUUACCAGAUUGGCUUCGGUGGUGUCCCAGCAAGGCCAAUUGGAGAUGGGCCCGAUUGCCACUGCCUUUUCCCGGCAAUGAAGUCGAUUCCCACGGAAAGCUUGGAAUUCAACUAUCCGCUCCGACUCGAAGCGAACGAAUCUGUAGCGGACUCGGGUGGUGCUGGGUUCUAUCGCGGCGGCAACGCACAGCGCACUGUGUAUCGAUUCCUCAGCGCUGGAGAGUUUAGCAUCCACGACGAUAGAUGGUUUACCAAACCGUGGGGCGUAAACGGCGGAAAACCAGGAAGCCGAUCAAGAAAGGUCAUUUAUUAUUAUUCCAAAGAUCCGCAGAAUCCGCCAACGAAGGUCCUCCAGAGCAAAUGUGAUCAUAUCCGCGUUGCGCCCGGGGACUUGCUUGAAUGGAUCACUUGGGGUGGUGGUGGGCUAGGUGAUCCGCUCACAAGGCCGGCGGAGAAAGUGGCAUUGGAAGUGCAUCGAAAAUCAGUCACGCUCGAGGGGGCUCGCAAAAAUUACGGUGUGGUGGUGAAUCCGUCGGAUUAUUCCGUUGACCAGAGUGCUACGGAUGCCCUCAGGGCAGAAAUCAAAGCUGCAAGGGCGUCAGACAAGCUUGAGCUCUUUGAUCGUGGUGGGACAUUAGCUGAACUGCGUGCUUCUUGCCUCGAAGAAACUGGCCUGUCUCCCCCCAUCCCUCAGUGGGACAAGGAUCCCUAUGGCCCACAUGUUGCUGUUCCAUACGUGAAGGACUGGUUCAAGUUGAUGAGGGAGAAGGGCGAAUGGGUCGGAUUGUAA